AUGCCAUCGACUACAACCGUCCCUCAGAAACUCACCACCGUCGAGCAGUACAAGACCUUCCUCGACAAAUACGACACCUUCCUCCUCGACUGUGAUGGUGUUCUCUGGCACGGAAGCCAUGUUCUUGAUGGAAUCCUCGACACUGUCAAGUUCCUUCGUGAAAAUGGAAAGCAGCUGGUGUUCGUGUCAAACAACAGCACUCUGUCCCGCAAGAACUAUGUGAAAAAGUUUGCAAAGUUGGGCAUCCAUGCCGAGGAGAAGGACAUUUUUAGCUCGUCUUUUGCCACUGCCCUCUACCUCCGCAACAUCCUCAACUUCCCUAAGGACAAGCGUGCCUUUGUCAUUGGCGAAUCUGGAAUCGUCGAUGAGCUCAAGGAGGUCGGCAUCGAGACCUGCGGCGCCAGCGAGGAUACGGGGGUCGUUAUGGCUCACGGAGAUUUCGGCUCGAUCGAGCAGGACCCAACGAUUGGCGCAGUCGUCUGUGGAUUCGAUAUCAACCUCAACUACCGCAAGCUUGCAAAGGCGUUUACAUACCUUAACAACAAGGAACAGAACGCCCAUUUCAUCCUUACAAACGAUGAUUCCACUUUCCCAGCACCUAAUGGUAUCUUCCCAGGGACUGGCUCGUUGUGCCAGCCUUUGAUUACGGCUUUGAAGAGACAGCCUAUGGUCAUGGGUAAACCUAACCAACCCAUGUUGGACUGCUUCUUCUCCAACUACCACACGGACCCCGCAAGGACAUGCAUGGUUGGAGACCGCCUGGACACGGAUAUCGCAUUCGGCGCCAACGGCAACAUUGCAACCCUGUUGGUCUUGACUGGCGUGUCGACCGAAGAGGAGGCCGUCGACCCUAACCACCCUAUCAAGCCCUCGUAUAUCAUCCAGAGCUUUGGCGAGUUUGCCAAGGUCGGACUGCAGUAA